CCCUUUGCAGCCUGCUGUCCCAGUCAAAACGUCAUCCAGGUCCUUACUAACACACCAGCACUACAAGAUCAUGUAGUAUAGCAUAUAUACUCAGCUACAUCAACCUUAUACAUAGUAAUGUUGUCGACUACUACGUUUAUUUCUUUCUUUGUUUUUCCGAUGAAAAGGUGAUAAAUAUGGUUUCCACCACAGUGUCAGGGGGUCUGCAUCCUGCCAAUCCUGUAUGAUGUUUCUUAAGAAGUUCUUCGGUAUUCAUUUUCUUAACCAGUGAAAGUAAUUCGCGUCGAAGUCGAUCUCCUUCUGCUCGUCCUCGUCUUCGUGAUAAGUAGUAGUUCACCAGGCAAUUAUGAACAAAAGAUGCGCAUUGUCAGUUGUAGAAACGUUGUUGCAACCAGACGUCUUCGGCUUCGCCGCCUAUGAAGUAGAUGUUGUCACUUUUUACACCACCUGAGGAUCAGGCCAUGCGUCGCCUUGUCCCGCUAAUUGCAACGGCGCAAGAAGAGCUACAGCUUGGCUGCACAACGGGGACAACAAGUAUCAAGGCAACCGCUUUGGUAGUUAUUUGCGAAGAUUUCUAUGACUGGUACCCGGCACCACACCCUCUCGCUCCGUCACGGUCAUUCGAAAGCGGCCAUCGACCUUGAGUUGGUUCUUGACAUGUCAGGGUCAUCCGAUCGCCGCAAAAAGUUUGAUUUUGGUUUUGUUCGGGCGAGUUCCAGUGUCGUAGCUGCUCUGUUUUGGAGGUGGUCCUUUAGUAUCGUACUCGUCGGUCAGCACGUAGAACUACGCCCGCCCCGUGUAGCGUUUGCAACUACAAACGUGGACCCAAACAAUGUGGGACCGACGGGCGUGCCGACGGAGCAAGACUAUGCUUGCAUCUUUGAGUGCGCAGAGCGCGAAAAUUUUGCGAGCCGUGUACCGGAGACGACGGACACGGCACGGCUCUACGGCUGGAACUCGUCCUGGAAAGAGCCACUACGCGGGCAAACGACUGCAGAAUCGCUGCGCAAUUGCUGGAAUCCCUUCUACCGGGCUGAAUGCUGCGACAGUGGCGCACUUGCGCUGAGUUACUGCUACGAAAACAAAUAUCAGGGCUGCCGCGACAACGCUACAGAGCGCACAUUCCCCGUCUCGCAUCUGACAGCGUCGUGCGGCUUCGAGCCGGAGGGGGUUCGAGAAAACGUCGACGUGGAAGUGCAAUUGCAGUUGGUAGCGACGCAUCCCCGUGAAGAGCUCUCCGUGGUGCACUUGCGAAAGUUUUUCGAUGCACUCGGCCUAGUUGUGAGCAGGAACAGCAGUACUUCUAGUAGCACGACGGGGGCAACUAGUGGCUCGUCCACGACCAGCCCGACGUCCUCCUUCCUCACACUUCGCGAAGACGCGGACUAUUGUAGUCUUGGGAAAACGCACGUGGAUUGCCUCCGGCUGGGUUGCCAGUGGCUUGAUGGCGGGGAUGGGGUCCCCUAUGCCCAGACCUUUCGGCGCUGGACGCCCUUGAAUCGUUGCCGCCCCUGUCUGGAUGACCCGUUCCUCUUGCAUGCCGAGCCCUGGAGCGCCGUGCCCGGCUUCAACUGCUACGGGGAUCCUGCAAACGCGUGCACGUGCGUCAAAAACCAGCACCCGGGCCUAUGUUCCACAAACCAACACAUGCAGGUUGCAUGCCCGCGGACCUGCGCGGCCGAAGUUGCGGGAGCGAGCGGUGCUGUUCUUGCCCUUGCCAGUACCGUCAUGUGUUCGGUCGUCAACGCGUCUUCUGUGGUGCGCGGCCUUGUCGGCACGGCAAAAGGAGGUGGCGGGUCGAACUCAAAUCCUGGAAAUGUUCUCAGUGGCACUACGACGACUUCUACCCUAACAGAACCUUCGACGUUCGACGGGGUUGGCAGUGCAGGCUUUGUUGACUUCUUGCGCAAAGCCUUUGUCAACAUUACCGGACCCGUUUCCGUAGGUAGCACUACAGCCACGACGCUGCAGGCGGAUGCAGUAGAGGACAGCACCAAUGAAACUUACCAGCCGCUCGCUGGAGGCCUCGCCUUGCCCUACGGAUUCGAGCUAACCGACACACGUUCGCCGGUUCAACGGGGAGUCGCUGCUUUGGCCAACUACGUGUCGACAGACUGUCGCCAAAAGAUUGAUCGCGCCCUGGCGUACGUCCGGACGAAAUACGGCACGGUUGACUAUGCCUGUGGCGCCGUGGAUGGCGGUGUCAACCUCUGCAGUCUCACGGACGUGCAGAUCGGCGUGAGCCCGCGAAGCGCCACGUUCGGUGACCUGCAGCGGUUUUUCUGGUGUCAAGACACAGCCCAGUGCCAGAGCCAGCAGGGCCUGACUGCGCCACCCUACUGCAGCUCGCCACCAUGCGACUCCUGUGCGACCCUCACAGUGUCGGCGCCAGUAUCCAGAGUGAAAACGCACCUGGCGGUAGUCGUGACCCUGAUUUGUGACCACAGAGCACACCUACAAUGACUAGCGCAGGCCUAAAAGAAAUAUAUGCGGCUCUUCAUGCACAGCCCCGCGACUAUUAGUGUUUUCUCAUGCUGUUAGCUGGGGCGGCUCAAUUUGUGACGCUACUGCGCGGCGCCUCGCCAAGAACAAUGAAUGAGAGCAAUAUACAUAGAUAGACCUAGCAAGAAAGCCAUUCACCUCACACAUAAGAGCGGGAGCCUUUGACUUGUGUAGCAAAACUGACUGAAGCUGAAGCUCUGCGGGUACAUAGUUUUCACUCAGGAUAGGGAGUCGGCGGCUGUGUGGGCUGGGUCGAUACGCACUUCAACAAGCGAGCGGCCACUCGCGACGACUCCGCCCCGCUGGCCACGCGCGCCAUCUCGGAGUGGGCAGCUCACAACAAGGGGCUUUGUCAGGGACCCUGUGCCGGGGAUGCGGAUUGUAUGCACGGGCUCAAGUGCUUCAGCGAUCUGCCGGCCGGAGUGGUCACCCCGGGUUGCGUGCUGGCGCAGCACCUAGACGCGUCGACUGCGUUUUCCGUGUGCGCGCCACCCGCAGGAGAAGACCUGCCAAACUUCUCGGUGGUCACCGGGGUCCCGGUGCUGGACGCCACCCGGGAGGACGUCUGGCGUUACGCCUACUGCAGCUACCGACACAACUCCAGCGCGGCUUGCCACAACGUGCCGGCCCCUACAGGGUGCUCCCGGCCGCCCUGCGACGUUUGCCCCGUCGCGAAAGAGGAAGAGCCUGCGUGCGAGUACGGACCUCUGAACGACACGCAACUGGUAGAUGCAGAAUGCUUGGCGGAAGUAAACCGGGUGCGUCUCGGGCAAGACGUGUCCUACCUCGGAAACGAGUCCGUCUGGCGCAAUGUGACUGGGGUUUCGCAGAACAGCAGCACGUGGGCCGACGUGGCGCGGCGCUUGCGCUGCCACUACCUGUCGGCGGGAACAACAAAUAAUGCGAAUAGCGUUAAUACGCAAGAAAACACGAACUGCAGCAAGAUUGAGCUUUUCUCGUGCUCUCACCCGCCCUGUGACACGUGCAACGCUUCGCUCGGGAUGCAGUACGCGCCACCGGAAGCGCAAUGCGCGCUACGGAAUAACUUUCUCGCUGAAAACGCGACUACACUAGUCGAUGUGGUCCUCGCAACACCAUUGGAUCUCGUGGUGACUACUUCGCCGCAGCAAGCGGAACAGAACGGUCCCCGAAAUUUGCAUGAGCAUGCACAAGGACAGCAACCGUCAACUAGAAGAACCGAGAUCAACUACCAAGAAAAUCUACAUCGCGGAGCUGUGGUUUUGCUGCCCGAUACGAGGAACGCGGCUGACCAGCACGAUGCACAAACUUUGCAAAAUUCGAAGAGAGCUCUGGACGCCUCACACACAACGACACAGUCUGCGGCCGAACCAUGGUUCACCUGCUUGCGGAAAGAUGUUGGCAUGGCGGAGGCCGAUCCCAGCGGGCUGUAUUUAGACGUGGAAGAAAAUGCGAUUUUAUGCAACCUAGCUGAUCUGCAAAAGGGGGGCAACGACGAGGAAGACCACGAUCAUGCUCACGGCGUCGACCAGCAGUCCACGGCACAACCACCACGACGGCGCGCAAGGGCGUUGAGUGGCUACCAGUGCUGGGCCCAAACGCCUGCAGACGAGAGCUUCUGUGAAGACGCAUCACAACCGAAAUUUACCGACCAAAUGCUGUGCGACCAGGAGCCGCAGUGUCACUGGGGCCCGGUGGGCAACGACGAGGAAGAGGACCAGGGCCACUGCUUCGCGAUUGCUGCAAGUGAUCAAGCGUUCUGCGAGGAUUCCGGCGCACCGCACUAGUAUCCUGUGUAAAAGUAUCGUGGACCUCCACGUACAUGCGAAUAUUAGCAUUGGUAAUAGCCAAAAGUAUUUUUGUGCACGGUAGCCCAUUUGCUUUUGCAAUUCGCUCCAAAUCCAAUUUUGAGGUUUCUAAUUUGUUGUCAGUGCGAUUCUUAGAAUUUGCGAUACUUUUACAAUGAAUGACCACCAUGACGAAGCCAUGUGUAACAGCGAGCCGCAGUGCGAAUACCGCCAGGACAGCAGCAAUGCUGGAGACUCGAGCUCCUCGCCUGCGCCUAGCGGCGAUGGAGGCGGCAGCUGCUAUGGCCGCUCCAGCAUGCAUCAGCAGUAUUGCGAAAGUUUUAGUCACAGCCAAGCUGAUUGCAAUAAUAAUGCGCAAUGCGAGUACCGAUAUACGACCACAGAUUCCUCCUCUUCGACCGAGCCGCCGGCAACGGCAGGCGGAUCGGGAUCCAGCACACCACAUUGCUUUGCGAUUAACCCCGGGAAUACCAUGGACCAAAGCUUUUGCGAGGAUCCGCAGGCUGCUCACUACCACGACGAGGCUAUGUGCAACAGCCAAACAGGCAGGUGCGAAUUCCGAGCAAACGACGGAGGGACAACCGCCUCGAGCUCUUCCGCCCCAGCGCCCCCAGGUGGGGCAGGUAGCUGCUACGGAAUUCAGAGCAUUGAUCAGACGCACUGCGACGGUUUUAGCCACAGUGAGUCCGCGUGCAACAGCGAAAAUCUGUGCGAGUACCGUUACACAACUGGGACUGCUUCCUCGACGCAGGCCCCGCAUAGCGGCGGUGAAGCGCAUUGCUUUGCGAUAGAUGGCACGGCGAACCCAGCGGACCAAACUUUUUGUGAGGAUCCCCAAGCCGCCCACUUUCACGACGAGGCUAUGUGCAACAGCCAAACAGGCAGGUGCGAAUUCCGAGCGAGUGACGCCGGGACAACCGCCUCGACCUCUUCCGCCCCCACAACUCCGAGCAGCGGGAGCUGCUACGGUAUCGCUGCAGUGGAUCAACAGUACUGCGACAGCUUCAGUCAGAGUGCAGCGGAGUGUAACAACCAUCCUGCUCAGUGCGAGUUUCGCUACGCAGGAGCUUCGACGUCCGGCCCGACCUCAUCGACGACCACAACCACGACCCCAAUACCGGGGCCGCAGCUUCCCGAUAAUCCGCACUGUCGCUGUCGCGCGAACCCCGGCACCAGCCGCAUCGAGUGUCAGACCUUUCCCGUCCGUCGCGUCGAGGACUGCGCCGAACUUUGCUACAUGCGCUCUGCCGCCGUGGGAGUUUCGCCUGCCCAGGCGUGCGGGGGUUGGGCUGCUAGCGUGAACGUGACAGACACGGAGUUUGCGUCAUUCGGAAAGCAGCACAAUGCUAGCGACCAGGUCAAUGUCAUGUGCUCUUUGUAUCGAGCCUACAACACGACAGCGCUGACCCGGUUCACCGGUAAGGUGCCCUCGACAGGACCUGCUUCUUCUAGUGCAACACCUAGCCAACAGCAGUACCGGAGGGUAAUAUCCGGCCCAGCAAACUGCACGCCCCCGGAGUUCGCGUGGCGCGGGCGGACGGGCGUGUGCGACGCGACGCAAGCGGGCUAUUUUCAAGAAAACACAAAGGAGGUUGUGUACAUGUCCGGGUUUCCCUUGAUGGGCCACGUAAGUAUCCCCGACUUUCUGCUGCCUGACUACCCGGAAGCGCACCACGGCUGUGAGAACCAGGAUUGCAGCUCCACGAGAACGUUUUACGCCACCAAGCCGGAAGAUUGCGCGUUCGCUUGCAACCUGUUUGGUGGUUGCAUGCGCUACAUGGUGCGGACCGCGUCGAAGGCAGACUUCGCGCACGACGGCAACGUGACCUGCAGUCUGCUGGGAAGCGCGACCACUUCCUCCGAGUUUUCCCUCGAUGUUUUUGUCGCGGACAAGCGGUGUUACCCGCCGAGCGUGGGCUGGGAGCUAUGCAUUUUUGCAAAAGUAUUGUAUUAGUCAGUUGUAGAACUAGAAGUUGUUGCAUAAUUAUGCCGUUUCCAGCUUCUUCUUGCGGUUGCGAGAACGAGCAGAAACAAUGCAUAUGUAUGCGGCAGAUUUAUCUAAGAGCCGAGAUUUGCGUUUGUCAUGAAUCAAGAUGUUCGAAAAUUUUACACCUGACUACUACGAUACUUGUUUUGCAGUGGAUAGAGGCUGGCGUACGGUGAUUUUGCGCGGCUGCACGGAAACAAUCGGCACGACCGGGACGUGCUCGGCGUGUACAAUCUGACAUUCGCGGUCGGGUUGAAUCGCCUGUCCUCUGCGGAGGUGGAGUCGUUCUGCUCCGGGACGGACCCUGGCCGCUUCUGGGCGGACCAGAUUUUGGACAAGUUUGGUGGCGCCAUACAAAGUCCAAUCCCGGAGAUUACAGACGGUCGCUCAAGCCUCGCGUGCCCGCUGCGCUCGACGAACUACGAAGUUAUGAACAGUAGCAGCGUGGUGGGUGGACAGUCGGCCACGGAUGGCGGCCAGCAGCAGGAGCAGCACCACAGCAGUGAAUCCGCGUUCCUGCGGGAGGUUGAAUUUUUGCGCGUGCGCCACCAGAGCAUCGCUUCAGCGCAGAAGUUCCUCAUCGCAGGGGGAACCACUAGCACCACCACCACUUCGCACUGGCCCUGCGUUCUGCGCCGCGGAGCCUUGGAGCCUCGAAGACACACGUGGCCGGGCAUCGUCCCGUCGUACUUCUGGACGCUGUUCCUUUCUCCCUUCGGGCUGAAUGCAACUCUAGAUCAUGAUGAAACGGGUAGUACUAGCGCUACACCUACAAGCAGCUCUCCUUCUCCAACACAAACCUCAAGCACCAGUUCGAGCGCGGAGGACCGCGACAGCCAGCUGUAUCGAAACAUUUCGAAGAGCUUCGAACUUUGCCGGCCGCGCAUGGCGGCUCCGUUUUGCGAGCGCGUCCGCAUCGGCGAUAGCCCCGGGAAAUCCGUGAAGACGGUCUACCUCCCGGACUCCUUUGCGGCAACAAGUUGCGAUCCAAGCCAGGUUUUUGACGCUGUGUACGGUCCGGAGCAGCCCGCCAGUGGCACGUGGGCUCUAAACCAGUACGGGCGCUAUCUGACGGUCAAUCGCACAGACAGGACAAACGGGUGGAGCCAACACUAUUCAGUGCAGUGCUGCUACCCCACCCACUGGUCUAGCACGACACCCAACGAAACCUUGCAUACAGAGCAAGUUCCGGGCCAACACCUCUACCGUGCUGUGCUGGACUCGUUCGCACAGGAUACCGUGUACGCUGAUCAGCGAGUGACGCCCACCACCACCAACGCUGACCUGCUCGGCACGACGCCUAAGCUUCCGGCGAAGCUGACCUGGAAGUUCGGCGUGCAGAUCUACAACGGCGUCAGAAAAGCCAUGUUCACACUGAGGCUCGCGGAGAUCAAAGCCUAUGCCUACGACAAUCCAGAAGAGGAAAUUCCUUUGGUCUUCACGGAGGCGCGGCCGAGUUUGCUCUACAACCAGGGCGACUACGCCGUGGAUUCAAACCAGCAAUCGAGCGCAGAAGUGCCUCCCACUUUUGGCUACAUGGAGGAGGACGGGAUUUUUCUGGAAUAUCGGGGGGAACUUUCCUACCACGGGCAGCUGUUGGGUUCGCUGGUUUUGCUGUUCUCGGAGCUCCCCGUCAACGUGAAGGUCAGGGUCUUUGACGCCCUGAACCGGCCCGCGGAUUUGAUGGGACAAACGAGCUCACCAUCGACGUACCAGGCGACGGGUCCUUUUUUUCCCGAAAAAGCUUUUACCUCCUCUUGGCCGUCGACUUCGAUCAGUGGGCAGCGGGUCCCGCACACGGACGCGUAUCUCCGGAGAUUAGCGGACGGUAAAAACGCCCAGUACGUGGAGCUCAGCCUCAAGCUACGUGCGCGAUCUGUCCCAGCACAGAUCUUCUUUCUGAAGGCUGUCGCGGGCGGCGGAACUGAGCCUCUCCUUGCCGUGCGGCUCCGGGAGGCGAGCAUGGAGCUCGUAGAUCCCAGCAGCGGGGCGGUUUUGGAGCCCAGUUCUCUUCUCGAAGAUGAGGAAAAUCAAAAUGCGGGAAUGAACUACAAACUGAACUUCUACGAAUUCACAGAAUUUUAUUUCCUCUUCACAACGACGACGGAUGAGGAUGACGGUGGAGGGUCCUCCACCUCGUCCACGACAGGUGGCUCAACGACUAAGGCGAAGUUUCAGAUAGGCCGGGGAAAAAGCGCUGUCUUCACAAGAACGCAUAUUGUUUCGAAAGCCUACGAGCUGAACGAUCUCGAUUUGCAAAGCACAGCGCUGCUGUUCGAGGUGGCCAGUGUGGCCGUGCGGCUGGAUGAUCCGGAGCCUUGCUGCGAGCCGUGGUUCGCUAACCACGUGUUAUACGAGGGUCUCUAUCACGAAAGGGACGCGACCACUGUCCUCCAUGAUCCCUUCACCCAAAAGCGGUGGCAGUACGACGGCUGCGCUGACGAGGCGCGAUGGCACGCAAGCGAUCGGUGGUACUUCCGUGACACCUACUUUCACCUGCCACUCUACGCCCGCGCGUGUGGAAUCGGGUUUCCCCGAGACGCGUACCAUUUGAUGAGGAAUUUCCGAGAGCACAACCUCGUGCACCUGGACUACGACGUGGUCACCAGCGACCCGUGGGCUGGUACGGUAUCGGAAAGCUUUGAAACUCGGGUGCUCGACACGCAAAGCGGUACGGUUUUCGAAGGCCCCGCGGCGUCGUUGAACUUGACAAAUUAUCUGGAGAAUGUUGAUGCCACGUCUGGCGUCACGCUUGUCACGUUGGGCAACCAGGGGAAGUGGAAUGAUCCCUCCGCGAACAGUCCUUUCCGCGUUAGCGUUUCGGUUCCGCAAGACAUGCUGAACCUCCAGAGACCAGUAUGCAGCGAAGCCGUAAUUUUACCGCACACAACGACGUCGUACUAGAGAAAUGAAUUUACCUACUUGCAUCCAUAGUAUGGCCCUUCUUGCUGGGACGACGAGCAAAAUAUAUUCUCAAUGUCAUACAACAGGAGAAGUGGAAGUUUUCCACCUUUCCGUGCGCUGUAGUCGUGUGUCGUCGCGUGUGGUAAAUCUAAAUUUCUAUUGCAUAACAGCAGGAGAGCAACUACAAGUCUACCUUCCGAUUGACCUACAAUACUUCCAAUUACGGCGACGGCUGGCAGACCGUGGAGAGAGGCGACUUCUUGGGCUAUGUGCUCGCCGCCGCUUUGAAACGCGCGUUGCAGGACGCUGCGAACUUUACCGCGGCCCAGCACUUCCUGUCCGCGGUGAAAGCCUCGCUUUACAACGACUCGCUCGCUGCCGGGCAGUUUCUCCCGAGUGCGGAAAAGCAACUUGCUUCCAUCACGCACGAGCGCUCGGUGUACUACGACCCGCAGGGCACCACGUGCCUCCACGACUGCCUGCACAGGUACGAAACCACCGUCGAGGAGCAACUUUACGGCGGGUACUCGAAGCCGACCUUUCCGUACACGGUCGGGAACCACACGGCGCACAACCGGGCAGAGUUUUUUCGGUACUGCCUCCCGGAAGUUGCAAACUUGAACGAGAACCUGACGCUCGCGACAGUGCCGCCCCAAUUUGAAAUGGACUCGCAGAACAGCACGCUGCGGGGUCUCUGCUGCCAAAACGGGUACUUGGCGGAGGUGAUGCAGUGCUUUCGGCGCCGGUGCGAUCCGGCUGGGGACGCGUUCUUCAACCGAGGAAAUCCAAAUCGGUACCCCUACUCCGCACCGUACGACAGCCUGUGGCGCCGCGCGUCCACGCGGACGUUCGAGGACCGCGAUCUGGAGCGCAGCUUCUCCGCCUAUAUCCAGGAAAAAACACCCAUCCCCAUCCAUUUUUUGCAUAACAGAUAGUGCAUUUUAUGCAUGUUUUCCAUGACAAAUUGGAUGGGGAUGGGUGUUUUUUCCUGGAUAGCCUACCACGCGAUCGAACGGGGCUGCGACAUCACGUACCAAGACCUUCUAUCAAAUGCAAAAAUGUCUGGGUCUGGAAACUUGUGAUGCUGUGUGGCGUAUCAUGAGGAGGCGACAAUUGCUGGCUCAGCAUGACAAGUUUCUGAGCUUCUAGGUGUUGCCUAUUCUGCAUGACAAACUACGUUUCUGCUUGACAGAAAAGUGGGGCUCUUUGGUAAUGUGCAUGACAGAUUUAAGAGUCAUGCCAGACACGCAUGACAAACUUGCAUUCUUCCAGACCCAGACAUUUUUACGUUUGAUACCUUCGGGAAACGAGCAACGUCACGCUUCUGGCGGCCAGUGGCGGACAGGGGAUGACGGGCGUGGUGAAAAUUAGGGUAAGCCGGGUCUUGGCGGAGAACCGGUUGCUCAACGUACAGGUGAACGGUGCCACGGAAAUUUUCACGCAAGGGCAUCUGGAUUUCAUGCGACUGUCCAUCUGGGACACACUGGUGAAAAAGUACCCGGCUUGGUACGACGACGGCGUGUUUGACGUCAGAGUCGACAACCCGCUGAAUCACGUGGAGCUUGGACUCGAGUACGGCGGCGCGAGCGAGACGAGUGACCAGAACGGCUUCUCGGAGACUGUGUUGGAUUACAACCUCAAGACGUUGAUACUCGGCCGGCUGCCAAGUCAGGCCGCCGCACAGCUGAAGAUAGACUACGCGACGAACGAGCACGGCUUCCACCUGCGCAGCGAGUGGAGCUCCCUCGGGUGCUUCCUCUCCGAGGUGGUUGAAAACUGGCUUGCUCCUCCGGCUGGUGCGGCAGCAGCCUCAUCUGGACCACGGCAGCGAACACUGCAGGCGAGGGUUUUGACACAACAAGCCGAGGAGACUGGUGCGGAGGACGUUUCCGCGGAAAAUGCGUGUGCUCUGGCGUGCGCUAACUUUCGGUACUUUGCGCUGAGAGGCAGCAGCACGUGUGUGUGCGGCGAUGCGUUUGGAUCUGCUUUCGCCGGAUCGGCGUCGGUGCUGAGUGUCAACCACACAGAGUGCGCGUGUCGCGCGCCGCAGCACACGCCCGCGACUGACAGCAGCGCUUCUUGUUUGUACCGCACCGGUUUCGGAGCGGAUCAGGGUGCGCUGCGCUGGAACUUCACGUUUCCGCAAAGUAGCGCCGGAUACUCCACCCUGUACCACACCGCGCAGAGCCGCCAACUGUUUGUUCCCCGAACCACGGACACGAGCUGCCUGCAGGAGCAGUGUUCUGCGGAGCUCUGGCACGGAUUUGCGCGCCUUGGGAUCGGAGACAUCCAGGGCCACGGGGGAAGGAUAUACAAUUUUUCAGCGUAUGCAGGUGGCGUCACGCUUCUGGACACCAGCCAGCGUGCGCUUUUUGACCACCCCGACCUGUUCCAGUUUUUCGACCAGGCCAGCGCCUUCCCGCUGUCGUACCACUCCGAGGGGAGCAGUGCAAUGUCUACCGCUCUGGGCACGGUGAUGUCGCCGGACCAUUUCUUCCGCAACCUCGAUGUUUGUCUGAACGUGACGAACACCACGGCCCCGGUACGAUUCGAGAACUGUUGUCCUUUGCUAUCCGCGUACAGCGGAUGCGUUCUCGCAAAGUGUCGGCCCAAUGCGACCUGGCGCUAUGGGUAUGACACGACGACCUUUGACGCCGAGGCGCAAGAAACUACACCGGGUGUCGGUGCAGUCACGUGGCCCGCAAUCUGGCCCGGGAUCGCCAGGCAGUGCCAGUUUUCCACCCCGGAAAACAUGACCAAGCUGCAGAACCACACCUACCUCGGCUUUCGCGAGCGAUUUGGCUUCUUCCCGCCGCGAGUAGACGUGGACGUGAGCCGGCGGUCCCGCGAAGAGUACCGACGGAUCUUCACGGGCUUGUUCGCACAGGAACUGCUGGAAAGCAACCAGCUGCAGCUGUGGCAGAGUGUCUACGUCAAGAACGUUGGCGUCACCGCGUACGCGCGUCCCGUUUCCGGGUUGAGCUACAACCAAAACGGCACGGCCACCGGCUCCGCGCCACUCACCGCGGAGUAUCUGCUGGUCGACGCCCGAACUUUUGCGCGAGACCCGGGCGAGUUUGUGGUAGAUGGGGCGGAGGGGGAUGAAAUGGCCCAGCACGGAAUGCGGUGCGACGGGGGGGCGUUUCCGGGUGUGCAGCUGGAACCGCUCUCGGAGCUGGAGUGUGCGCUGCCCGCCGUGCGCAAUUUCGCAGACCGCGCCAUUCCUGAGCUGGUUCCAGAAAGUGGGGUAAGUGUCACGUCGCCAACAAUGACGCUGUUUCGUGUGAAGCACUUCGCAUGCGAGUCGUGGUCGCUGGAGCUCAUAUCGGACGCCGAGCACUGCAUUGGCGAGGCUAGCGCAGCAAAAAGUUGGGCGUCGUCAAACAACCUGCAGGUGGUGGGCGGUCGCGGCGUCACGGAAACGGACCCGAGGAACCCGCGGGGCUGCUAUUGGGACGAGGAGGGGGAGCAGUUCCGCUACAACCUCGCGCCACGCACGCCCUAUGACUUUCGGCUGACAACCCCACAAAAGUGGGUCCUGUGUAGUUCAUCCUCGUCGCCAGGUGACAAAACUUGGCCAACGGCAGUCACCGACGACGGCAGCCCCAUGCCCGCCAACCCCCAAGACUACCGCCCACAGGGUUGCCUGGUGACGCAUCAUCAAGACACGGUCACUAUGUGGUACAACCAGUUCGUGGGCAACGCGCCCCAGAACAGCAUGCGGCCCUCCUUUCCGGAAUGGGUGAUCUGCCGCGUGAAGAACGACCAGUUUCUGCAGCAGGUCGUUGACGUCGGGUCCGACGGAUCCGUCAACGAGUUGCCACGGCAGGCGCUGACUGUGUCCAAAGACUACGGCGCGGUCACGCUCAACCGCACGCGGUUCGGAAGUCACGGACGCUCCGACGCCGCCUGGAACUUGACGGUUGAAUGGUACUACGGGCCGUUUCGCGAGCCCUUCAGCCCGACCGCGCAAGAAGCUUUGAACGUGCUCGCAUCCGAUCGCGCCGCGUUGUUGUCCAGGUUGAGCAGCGCCACAACUAGUACUUCGUCAUCCUCGAACAACAACCCGGAGGUGUACAAAGAUUUUCUCCCCUACACAGCCCAAAGCAACAGCGGCGCUUGCUUCGCGCCCAACUUUGUAUCAAGAGCGGAGACGUGGGUGACGAGUCUGUCGGACGAAGUGCUGGUCCAGGUGCUUCGUGGUGAUGCGGAAGUGCCAUCUCUCACAACCUGCGAGCAGCGUUGCUCUGAACAGCAUCGUUGCCGGUACCUUUCUUACUUCAACGAAAACGACGAGGCCCCCGCUGGAACUACGACCACAGGGGGAGCCACGCUGUGGCUUGCGCCGGGGCCCCUCUGCCUCUUGUGGGCCAGGUGCAAUAGUACCGCGCUUUUCCGCGAAUCGCCCGCCGAUCUGAUGGUGACGAGGCGCAAGCACUCGGCGGUCGUUCCAUUGCCGCGCAACGCGACAAUCUUCAGUGACAGCCCAAGCAGUGGUGCCAGUACUAGAAAAGCGUGGUUUACGCUGAACACCGAAGAUCAGGAGACGCAGGAAAUUUUUCUCUGGCGGGAACUGGUUCCAGAGGACACGUGGGUGGUCCCAACCACGAGCACGUCGACCACCACAACCACGACGCAGCCGUACCAUUGUCUGCUGGUGCACUGCCUGUACAGCACUUCGCCCGAUGCGGUAGACUGGGUGCAGGUCUUUCCCGAAUUCAGCAACCACUAUACAGAGAGCGUGACUUACACAGGCUUCUACGAGCGCCGGUGGCAUCUUGAUGAAGAUGAUGCCUCGUCAUCCUCGUCGAGCACGACUCUGAUGCCUCCUGGAGGCGCUCCUGCCAGUGGUGCUCCACCACGACGGGAGCUCGGCCUCCCAACAACGACAACUAGCGCGCCCCCGCCAGCGAAUCUUGAGCUACUCAGCCUCCAAGACGCAAAGGUCGAGAGCUUUUCGCGAUGUUUGUUUCCGUCCAUCCGGCCGGAGUGCUGCGAGGCGGCGCGGCAAGUUGCGGUCUGUUACGCAAAGGCGCAACCCAGUCCGUGUCUCGGAGGGCCAAACGCCGAUCUGGAGUUCAACACAACAAGCUUCAUGUCGACGUGCGCGACAACCACUUCCACCAGCACAACAACCACGACACAGCCCUACGACUGCUUGCUGCAACAUUGCCUGUACUCCAACACGAUUGACUGGCCGCAACUCUACCCGAACUUCAAUAACGACUACGAGGAGAGUCCCCUCUAUGCAGGUUACUACGAGAGAAAAUUUAGCACCACCACAACGCAUGUGCCAGGGACCACGCCCGAUCCAGCGAGUAGUACCAGCGACGGACCUCCGCGAUUGCUGUAUGAAGACAGUUCUUCUAGUUCGCCACCGCCGGUGGGUGGUAUCGGUAUGACCUCCACUAUGGGUCCCCCGCCUAGCUAUCUACUGCGCUUCGAAGACGCGCAGGUGGAGAGCUUCUCGCGCUGCUUGUUCCCCUCGAUUCGGCCAGAAUGUUGCGAGGCAGCUCGACAAGUUGCGGUUUGUUACGCAGCCGCGAGUCCGAGCCCCUGCGUCGGAAAUACAGAUCGGGAGUUCAACACGACGAGUCUGCUGUCUACCUGUGCGACAACCACAACAACGACUACAAGCACGAGCACAACGACAAAGCCGCACGAGUGCCUCAUUGUUCAUUGCCUGCACAGCGGCAGUAUCAAUUGGCGACAGGUUUAUCCCGAUUUCUCGAACCAGUUUGAGCAGAGUGACACUUAUGCAGGGUAUUUCACGAGACUCGACGCCAUCGCGACAACGACCGUGCCGCCCGCUUCAGCCGGCACGACGAACCCCCCCGACUUGACGACCUCUGCGCCCCCGUCCUCUUCCCCCGCAGCUCCAGGUGGUAUAGCGGGAGGAACCAACACGAACAGUCCCACGACCACGACGUGGGGACCGCCGAGCCAUUUGGUCAAUUAUGGGGAUGCGAUCGUCGAGAGUUUCGAGCGGUGCCUGUUUCCCUCGAUUCGCGCAGAAUGUUGCGAAGCGGCAAGGCAGGUCGCAGUCUGCUACGCGGACGCGAGUCCGAGCCCCUGUGCUGGAAAUUCGGAUCUAGAAUUCAAUACGACCAGCCUGUUAACAACAUGCGCCACGACGACCAGCACGACCACGACGACGACCAAAGCGUUUGACUGUCUGCUGCAGCAUUGUCUGGCUUCUAACGCAGUUGAUUGGCUACAGGUGUACCCGAGUAUGCAUUGCACGAUGAAGAGUGUCGUACUCGUAGUCGUACUAGUGGGAGAUGCAUUUUUACAUACGAGCUUUAUUUCGAAGAACAAAAGUGAAAUUUGUCAGGAGAGGUAGAAGCAACUACAGCAAUUAGUACGACGAGUUCUUCUACGAUACAACUUUUGCAAUGCAUACCGAGCUUCAGUAGCGAAUACGGGGAGGAUGGUGCCUUUGCCGGGUACUACUACAGGAAAUUCGACACGACAACGACUCCGAGUCCGGAAAGUAGUAGUAUAACGACACCGGACCCGUACUCAACUACCCCGGAUCCGCUCGCCAAGAGCGGGCCGCGAAUGUUGGGGCUGCCCAGUCAUUUGUUAAGCCUCGCAGACGCUACGGUAGAAAGUUUCUCACGCUGCCUUUUUCCGUCGAUUCGGCCCGAUUGUUGCGAAGCAGCGAGACAAGUUGCGGUGUGUUACGCGACGGCGAGCCCAAGUCCGUGCAUGGGAAACAGCGACCGGGAGUUCAACACUACAAGUCUCAUGACGACUUGUGCCACCACCACGUCGACCUCGACAACGUCGACUUCCACGACGACAAAAGCUUUCGACUGCCUGCUAGUGCACUGUCUCUAUUCGAACGCGGUGGAUUGGGUGUCAGUCUAUCCGAGCUUCGGCACAGAGUACGAAGAGGACGCUGCAUUUCCGGGGUACUACGAAAGAAAAUUUUCAACCUCCACGACAAAGCCCGACUCGACGUCGACCCCGGAUCCAAAGGCGGCGCCUGACUCAACCUCCACCCCAGAUCCAAAGGCGGCGCCAGACUCCGGGUCCUCUUCCUCCGCGCCGGAUCCCUAUAGCGGCACUUCGUCUCCAGACCCAGCUACUUCUACGCCUGAUCCCAAAGCCGCACCAGACGCGGGCUCGUCGACACCCGAUCCGUAUGCUCCUCCUCCUGACGGGGGAGGUGGACCGCGAAGCCUUUACGAAGAUCAAAGUUCGUCCUCUAGUCCUCCUCUCUCCACGGGGCCGCCGACAACCGCCACAACCUCCAUCGGGCCGCCGGGCCACUUGCUGAGCUUUCAGGACGCGAAAGUGCAAAGCUUUUCGCGCUGCUUGUUCCCCUCGAUUCGCCCGGAGUGCUGCGAGGCUGCGCGGCAUGUUGCCGUCUGCUACGCCAGUGCCAGCCCGAGUCCGUGUAUGGGAAACGUGGACCGGGAGUUCAAUACCACAAGUCUCAUGACGACGUGCGCCACAACCACGACCACGACUACCACGACCUUGUUCAACGCCUGCACGAUCUCGUCGAAAAAUCCGUGCGGCGCCUCGCUGCCACUUCAGCCGGCCCACCAGUGCUCGCCCGCACUGGGCACGGAGCGUUUGUACACCUGUGCAUGCGCCCCCGGACACGAGGCUGUGGAAACAGCCUAUAAUGUCGACACACACGGAACGGGGUACGCGUUCGUUCCUGGUUCGACCUACACGACCUGCAUCGACGUCGACGAGUGCGCUGUUUCUGAUGGCAGUUCACCUCCGUGCGGCCCGGCGGCGGACCAGAACGUCUGCACGAACUUAGUGGGUGCCUACCGGUGCGCGUGCGGGCCCGGCUACGAGCGGCUUCGGGACGGUGCGACACAGGGGGAGCUCUGCGUCCGCGUGAACGAGUGUGACCACAAUCCCUGCGGCGCUGCUGGCUUCAGCGUCCGCUCGCAAACGCAGCUGACACACACGUGCGACCAAACUGCGCAGCCUGGCAACUGGCGCUGUACAUGUGCGAGCGGAUAUCAGUCUUCCGGUGGGGAUUUCCCGCACUGCGAGGAAAUAGAUGAGUGCGAUGCUGUCCCUAACCCCUGUGGCCCCAGUCCGCCAAACAGGUGCUACGACCUGGUUGAUCAUUACAUGUGCCAGUGCGAGGGCGGGUUUGAACUCCAGUGGCAGCAAGCGAACAACGCAGCUGUGCGGGUUUUGGAAAGAAGUCCGAAGAUGAGUAUGAAUACAGCACCCUUUCACUUUGAUGAACAAAAAAAGGACACACAUGAUCUUCAGAGUAAGAAACACAAGAAACGACCAGACCUACAAACUGGAACGCGACCACCUAAGUCGAGAGACGCAAGACGAUUAGCAAGGCGUUUGCAGGCGUUCGAGAGGCGGCAACAUGCACGAAGAAAAACCUCAUCCCCAGGCGCGCAUUUUGCAAGACGUUCUCCGUCGCACUUGACCACGAGUACUAGAGGCAGAAGCGAUUCGCCUCGGAGCCGGUUCGGACUUCCGCUGCUCGAGGACGCUUUUCAGCGGUCUUCCAACCGUCCGCGUGCUCUGACUCCCUCCGCCACCGACUCGUGUGACGACCCCAACUACUACGAUCCGCUUUUUCCCGGGCCGCCGUACGUUGGCUGUGAAGCCGCGUGGAAGGGCCUGCCGUGUGAUCGGCUGCAGGAAUUUCUCGGCGUCAGCCACGGCUACACUUCGGCGCACCAGACCGCGUUGCAGCGCCGGUGUCAUUCCACGUGUUGCGAGGUUCCUGAGUACGCGAACAACACGGCGCACCGCUGCGGCGAGCAGUUUCCCACCUGUCCCUACACUCCGCCGGCCGGCGUUUCGGCGAUGGGACAGAAGACGUACUUUCACGGCUGCGCUAAUGGUUUCCUGGACGGAUGGUAUUGCAUGGACGGGGUCGCCUACCGGCGCAUGACCCUAGACGGCGGGGGCUACACCCGCAACUACCGGGGUGCGCAGCUGGCGUGCGAAGACCUUGGCGCGUCGCUUGCCAUGGCCCGGACGGCGAACCAGGUCGAGUUGCUCUCACAGCUAGGAAAACAGGAGUUUCCCGGGGAUCCCCCGCCCGACGGAGUGCACGACGGCCUUUGGUUGGGUCUCCGCGCCGCCGCGGUCGGCAAUGAUCUUGGGGAAUGGAUGUGGGAGCUGACGCAAAGUCCUGCCCGGCGCUAUGCGGGCGACGUCAGUGCCGAUCCCCUACCCGGAGCCGUGGCGGGUGGCGCUGCCUGGGCGCCCGGCGAGCCGGUCGCCUACUGGUCACCCAGUGAAGCGAGUCUCGCCAAGCGCUGCGCCGCGUGGCGUCCGUCGGACGAGAAGUGGCACACGUUUGACUGCGAAGCGACGUGGUUGCCGUUCGUCUGCAGCAUCGAGUACGAUCCCUAUGUGCAGGACACCCUAGAGGACGGCCAGAUGAUGUUCCCACCCCAACAACCCGCGCCUACCCCAUACCGCAUGGCACUGGUGAGCUAUGCGAACGUGGACCAGUGUGUGGCCAACAGCAACAAUUUCCCGAUGCAAAACGUCGACCCUGCGGAUCCGCCACAACUGCUAGAGCUGUUGCAUUUCCCGACGGCGUGCCUGCGGUGGGACGAGCUUUUCUACUGGAAGAUUUCCGGGUGCAGCGGAGGCAGUCUGCCGGCGGACGAGUCGCCUACCCAACUGGACAACGGGUCGUCGAGUGGUCAAAUUCUGAUCGAGGAGUUUUUCUGGGACGCCGCGUGCACUGACAAAGUCAGCAACCGGCUUGGCUCGCUCUGGCGCCGGAUGGCCUACUGUAAAAAGCUCGGGUCCUACUUCGGCUACGAGCAGUUGGCUGCUCCGGCCGACACUCGCUUCGCGACCCAUCUCUGCUCGGAAGCAACUACCCGGCUAGGCAUUGCAAAUAUUUGUCUGGGUCUUCCUGUGAAUAGCACACUACUGCGGUAGAUUUUGAUUUUCAUGUGAUAAUAUAUUGUAUAAGCAGGUUUGGAAUAGUACACGUGGAGCAUGACGAGACCGAAAGCUCCAGAGAGAUUUGCGAAUGCCGAGUCAUAAGAACUUCAUUUUGGAAUUUUCUUAUUUAUUCCUUUCUGUUCCAACACCAAGAUCCACAUGACUACUUAGUAGUUAGUUUACAGCCGUCCCGACCCAGACUAAUGUUUGCAGUUUAUACCGGAAGCAGCACGACGAGGCCAUCACCGCGAGCGUCUUGCCGCCCGAAGGCAGCUAUCCGACGGCGUCCGCGCCGACCUGCGGCUGCCCGCGGGGCUACGAACGGAGUGGAGCUUCGUGUGUGGGCAUCGACGACUGUGUCGGACGACCCUGCGGAGACCUCGUCCCUGCGUCGGCCUGCACCGACCAGGUGGAGGGACACGUCUGCUCGUGCCCGGACGGGUUUCGAAACGACCAGGUGUUCGACGAAGCAUUGCAACGACAAAACCAGACGUGCGUGUCCAACGAUGGGUGUGCGAGCAAAGGCGACGCGCAGUGCCGGACUUCGGAAAGUCCUGAAAACCGUUGCACCGACGUAGGCACCCAGUACCGCUGCACCUGCGGCGGCGGCUUUGUGAAGCGCUUAGCGCUCGGCUCGCUGACGGAUGAGGUAUGUGUCUCUGUUGAGCAGAGUUGCGCCGCGUCGUGCGCCCGCCGGGAGAUGCAGCGCGAGUCCAACCAGUUUGUGAUGCAAUCCAUCGCCCCCGGGAAGUAUGCGAGCGCGCAUGCCAUGGCUUAUGACUACUUGGGUCUGGCGCAAGACGACGCGCUGCUGGCUGGAUGUGCCGCGGAGCUGAACUCGAAUCCGGAGGACAAAAAUGUCAUGCGCGCUGCGAGCGGAAACUUCGGGCUACCGGUCGACCAGAACGGGGCGGCCACUCCUGCCGUCUGGAACAGGCGCGCCUGUUGCAAGCUGUACCAAGACUUCCUGGGAUGUCUCUCUUCCAAUUGUGGGGUGCAGACUGCUUUCUCCGCUUACUUUCGCGACUAUUGCCAAGUGGGUAGCGUCGCGGCAGACUCCAGCCUGUUGCGAGAAGAAGUUUCGCUGACAGGCCAAGUCGUUCUCGAGUUCCCGUCAGUCGCUUCGCGCAACGCUUUUUACGAAGCCAGCAUGUUGAUGCGAACAGGUGCCGCGCAGGAGCCUGAAGCGUCCUCAGCAGUAAACGCACCAGCAGCUGCAAGUACUAGGUCGUCGUCGUUAUUUCUGGAUCACUUGCGGGCCGAGCUGAAGAGCAGAGCGCUGGCGGAGCUGCUGCCAGGCUACGUCGACGGGGUGGAAUUGGGGAAAUCAAACAAGGUCGAUGUCUGGUUGUCAGCCGUAAACCGGAGUUUAACAUCGUUGGCGACAAUCGACGAGGGUGAGUACCUGGAUCUGCUAAUGAACCAGCAGGCGCACUCCCACCCGCCGCGCGGUCGCAGGAGGAGGAAGUUAACGAGCAGUAGCACGGGCAACGUGCCUAGCACAAGUCCACCGCCGGGGGCGGGGCCGUCCUCGGCAGCGUAUUCGUCUGCAGACCCACCACCUCCCAGCAGCGCCAGUACCACGGAGCAGCCGGGUGCUCCGCACCAAAAUCAAGGCUUGAACUUGGCUCCGCAGUACCCGACAUCGUUUGAUCGGCAGAUCACUCUCCAGUACAUGAUCGGACCGUUUUCCGCGGCCUCUCUGCUGCCGCCGGAGUUCCAGGACUCGGAGACAGUGUUUGCGGCGUCCGCAGCCACGAGCACUAUGACCGAACUGUUUCUGGUCACCCAUAUGCAUUGCAAAAGUAUCGUACUAGUAUGAGUCGGCGCAUCUUCUUCACAAAUAUUCUCAAGCUGAACAAGCGUCGAGCCUUGUCAUGCCGCGGAUCUAUAGAGAGAAAGACCUUGGGAAAAGAGAGACCACAUUUGUCUUCAUGCAUAAUUAUAGCUGCAAUUACUACAACUAGCACGAUACUGUUGCAGUGGAUAAACCAAUAUGGACGUCAAGACAUGAUUCGGGACUGGUGUGAAGCCCAAGUCCAGCGUCGCUUCAUCGGUCCGGAGACGCUCCAGGAGUUGGCGCGCCACGGCAUGCCCGUGACCGAGCUGCAGGUGCCCGGGUGCGAGCCCGGCCCCUCGUGCGAGGACGCCGAUGCAGUUGCGACCAAGUAUUUGCGAGGCGGGAGCGCUUCCUGCGGCUGCGCGUGUCUGGGGCAGCAGGGUGAGUGCGCCAACCGCAUCGCCGUGCGGCAAGUGUGUCCCGUGACCUGUGCGACGCACGGCGCCACUACAUGUGUGAACGCACACCAAGAACAGGACGGCCGCCAGCGCGCGUUGCUGCAGCAGAUUCGCGGUCACCCCUCAACCGAAGCACUGAUGAGGAUACCGACGAGUGGUCUGCCAGGUAGUUCAUCUCCUGCAAGGCAACAGAUGAAACAAGAAACUUUUCGUCAAACGCAGCCUUUUGAUCUUGAUGUUGCGAAAGCUGCUUCAUCACACUCGGGCACAGCUGGCGAGGACGAUCGUGCUGCAACUACUUUGAUGCAGCUUGGUGCGCAGGAGGUGCGUCCUUUGUCCGACCGCGCUCUUUCUCCGACUGGUGGAGCGGCCCCGCCCACGAACCCCGCAUCAAGCACCGGACGCCUUUUCGCACCGCUGGCCCUCGCGGCCGGUCAGAGAGAGCACCAGUGGUCUCUGACCCAACUGCAAACCUCCACGCUGAGCUCCACAACGACAGUGUCUGUCGACCGGGACAGCAUAGACUUGUCUUCUUUCCUUCCCGAUCCCCAUGUUUACCCAACGGGGACGCUGAACUACAUGACCACCAGCACCACCUCAACUACCUCCACUGGCCCACCCGGAGGUGGUGCUAGCUCCGAUCACAGCAGCUCGUCUGGUAGCUCCAGCGACGCUGUACGUGUGUACGGAGAAUAUCCUUACCUGGCGGAGGCCCGCGGAGAUGCGGGCACAACAUUUGCGGGACUCGCGCAACGUCUGCGGACGCUUGAAACGUCUCUUGCAACGCUGAUCCAGCAGUGUGUGCGAACGGCACUUGCGUCUUCUUCCGCCGGCCAAGAAGUAGAAGAUGGCACAUCUCCACAGCAGAACGAAGAUCUCGAGCAAUCGUUGCUGGUGAAAACGCCCGCACAAGUUCUCAGCGAAGCGCAUCCCGGGUUUUUUGCGCAACCCUGGCCUAGAGACUCAGAUUGGGAGACGGUUCUGGAUCACUUCCAAGUAGCCACCGCAGACCCCGACGCUGCAGCGCCCACCUUGCCUUCCGUAUCGCAGAGCGCCGCUUUCGUGCCUGAGUACGUGCUGCCCGGUUGCGAACCUCUGUUCGCGUUCGACGAACGGGAGGCGGCUGCGAUUGUGAGUGCGAAGCUGUCCGAUCUGAACAUCCAAGCCGACAGGCUCGACUUGUCGCUGUUUGAUCCGAGUUGCGCUCAACGCGUCCCGGGAUCCUACCAGCUGACGCUGCCGCAGACCUCGAUGUGUGCCCCCCUGGACUGCGCCAAUCCCUCCAUGUACACACCCACCGAUCCAGCGGGGCUGAACGCGCUCGUCUGUUCUCCCGGCUCGUCCGAGUUUUCUUUCGACGGACAGGGCUGCUCGAUCCUGCUGCCGGCCUUGUUGGAAGAUGAGGAACUGCAGCCGGGCGUCGUUACACCCUCGGUUACCCUGGCGUCGUGGACGAAUCCACUCGCGCUCGGAUUGCGCAACCGGAGAUCUCUGACAGCAGGCACUGAGCGAACUGGAUUAAUACCUGUGCCAUCAUCUUCAUCAGAAGCGGGAGUUCCAACAAGAGGAAGAGCGACAGAUUUUUAUAUUCGAAAAUUGGACGAGAAUCAAAAUGGAAAUGAUGUGUCCGGUAGUUCAGGUUCUGGUGCAGCUGCAAGUUCGACCACAUCAACCUCCACCAGUUCCACCACUACCUCAACCAUCGAUCCGGCGCUGGUGACGCAACCUUCCCAGAUCGAGUACGAGGUGGGCGGCGUGAAGUUUACUUCCGCCGAGGCUGCGCCAUACCUCGCGCACGCAGCUGAUGGCGUGUUCACCCCUGGACUCGUGGUGCAAGCCAAGAUCAAGAGUUGUACGAUGCCGGAGUACGCCCCCGGCAAGGGGUUCGGUGAGAUUCGGUUCAUUAACGGUGCCUGGGAAAACGAAAAAUUUGUGACCGGAGCCGAUCAAAUGUGUAGUGUGGCGCAACCCUGUGGGGCCGGGCGUUUCCCUCAGCUCUUGGCUAGUUCCUGCGGAACCACUGCUGCCAGUGGUGCAACGUGCGCACUCAGCUGCGAAGCGAGUACGGCAGUCAGUGCUGCCGGCGCAGCGUCGCUGGCGGCUGGGAGCGAUGCCGUGGAGCUGAAGGGCUCUUCCGACGACGUUCUGCACCUAGUGAGCAGCACUGCUGUUCUGCAGCAGAAUGGAGGUGGAACACAAACAGCCUCUACCAGCACGACAGACGCGGAAGGAACCGGAAUCCUUUUGACCAACCAGUAUGGAACUGUCAUAGAGCACCAAACCACGGACGGGGGCGGAGCUAACCCCGCGACGCCAAGGCGGACGAUCCAAAGCGUAAACCGAAUCUGCUACAACGGCAACUACUACACCUUGCCGGCAUACUAUCGUACGAAAAAACUGUUUCACUGUGAGGAUAAAGUUUGCAAGUUUAUUUGCACUGACAAGCUCGCCAUAUCGCAUCACGUGGUCACAGGAAAAAGCUGCCAUGCAUGCACCUGAAGGGAAAAAACGGUUAGAAAUGCCUUCUCUGUAGUCUCUUUCAUUUGUCUCAUGACAAGCACCACAUCAAUCUGAAUGUUGCAUGGUCCAAAUCACAAGUUCAUAGAGAAGCAGUUUUUUUCGGAGGAUAGCGAUGACAGGUAUGUGCAGAAUCGGUUCUAUCCGCUCCGGAGGGACCCCCUGAUCACCGACGUUGCAAUGCAGGUGUUUCCUAACGUCUUAUGGCAUUUUCAAGCGUUACAGGGAUCGGCUUUUACACGAUUUGUUUAGGUAAAAUCCCUGAUCAAUCUUCAGCCCCCACAGUCGGGUCAAGCUCCUUCGUGUGGCAAGGUCCUCUCGACGCGCUUAGUAGCAUGGAAGUCGGUUCCAAAAUGGUAAUUAUGCAACAAGACCACGCGCAAAAUGAAUGCAAGACGCGCAAAAAAGUCCACCCAUUCACUUUUGUUCUUCUUGCGUCACAAAUUUAUGUCAACAGCUAUCAUUGUCACGCUUGCUGAAAACUCCAUACGUCUUUCCGCUCUGUUCUGUCGCGGACGCCGAGACCCAGGAAGUGUACGUGGUUCAGGCCAGCGUGCAGUUUGCGGUAGAUGACUCUUGGUUUUCGCAGUUUUCCUCUACGGAGACCGCUUCAGGUUCUACUGACCUCGCGCAACUUUCGGGUGGUAUGAGUACUGACCCCGGCGCCGCCGCUACGACGACGACGCGGCCGCCGGUGUUCUUGACCGACAGCGAAACGCUUCCGCCGCCGGAGGAG